AUGGUUGAAAUUCAGGAUUAUACCAAGGCUCUCGACGUUCUCGAAGAGUACUCUCCCCGAGAUGGCCUUCACGUUGACGCUCUGCUUGACUCGGACAAGCACGGGGCACUGACUUACAAUGACUUCCUCCUGUCCAUCGUUCUAAUCUCACGGGCAGCUUUCCCGGCAUCGGACGUUACCUUGGAAUCCAGGGUAUCCAGGCGGCUUACCAUUAAGGCUCCUCUCCUGUCUUCACCUAUGGACACCGUGACCGAACACAAUAUGGCCAUCCAUAUGGCUCUUCUAGGAGGUCUGGGAGUUAUCCAUAACAACUGUUCGCCCGAUGAACAGGCCGAGAUGGUGAGGAAGGUGAAGCGGUACGAAAACGGCUUCAUCCUGGACCCCGUGGUUCUGUCUCCGAAGGCGACCGUUGGAGAUGCAAAGCAGCUGAAGGCUAAAUGGGGAUUUGGCGGCUUUCCUGUGACUGAAAAUGGAACUCUCCAUUCCAAGCUGCUCGGCAUUGUCUCUAGCAGAGAUAUCCAGUUCCAUAACCAGCCUAAUGACCUAGUCACGGCUGUUAUGUCGACGGAGCUUGUUACCGCUCCAGCAGGCACCACUCUCGCCGAGGCUAACGAUGUUCUCCGGAGUUCGAAGAAAGGAAAAUUGCCGAUCGUGGACGAAGACGGGUCCCUGAUUUCGUUGCUUUCUCGGAGUGAUCUGACAAAGGACAUUCACUAUCCUCUGGCAUCUAAGGUUCAGUCUAAGCAGUUGCUCUGCGCGGCAGCUGUGAGCACCCACGACGCGGAUAAGAUCCGACUCCAGAAGCUAGUCGACGCGGGACUAGAUAUUGUCGUCGUCGACAGUAGCCAGGGGCAUAGUAUAUAUCAGAUUGCGAUGAUCAAAUACAUCAAGCGGGAAUUCCCUCAGCUUGAUGUAAUCGCUGGCAACAUCGUCACCCGGGAGCAAGCCGCAGCGUUGAUUGCUGCUGGUGCAGACGGGCUGAGAAUCGGUAUGGGCAGUGGGAGCGCGUGCAUUACGCAGGAAAUCAUGGCCGUUGGUCGUCCCCAGGCUGCAGCCGUGCGCAGUGUCUCUUCCUUUGCCGCGCGCUUUGGCGUUCCUUGCAUUGCGGAUGGCGGAGUCUCGAACCUAGGUCACAUCGUCAAGGGACUCGCGCUUGGCGCCUCGACAGUGAUGAUGGGAGGCUUGCUUGCCGGUACCACGGAAUCUCCUGGAGAGUAUUUCGUGAGUAGCGAAGGACAGCUGGCCAAAGCCUACCGUGGUAUGGGAAGUAUCGCGGUUAUGGAGGGCAAAGGCAAGGCUGGCGACAACGCUGGCACUGCGCGUUACUUCUCUGAGAAUGAUAAGGUCAAGGUUGCGCAGGGUGUUGCGGGCUCGGUAAUUGAUCGCGGCUCCGUCACUCAGUUCGUCCCUUAUCUUGUGGCCGGUGUGCAACAUUCUCUCCAGGAUAUUGGCGUCAAGAGUCUUGACGCCUUGCGUGAUGGUGUAAACCGUGGUCAAGUUCGAUUUGAGAAAACAAGUGCCAGUGCCAUGGCUGAGGGUAACGUCCAUGGCUUACACACCCACGAGAAGAAGCUAUACACUUCUUGA